AACCUCUGGCCCGGUAACACUGACAACCCCUGCAGAAGUGGAAGAAUAUUUAACUGGCAGAUCCCCGUCUCCGUCUCCUGACGCCUUCGUUCUGGGAUUAUUUGACUCCAGCAUGCAUGAUGCAAAAGAAGCUUUCGUUGAAGCUGCGACGGCUCUGAACGGAUACGUAACAACCGGGAUCUACAGUGGAGACGACGCUGCAGUGCUGGCCUCUACGUACAAGGUUCCUCUUCCGGCACUUCUGCUAGCCGGGCCGGAGAGUUCAAAGAGGGGGGCCGUCCACAUCUCAAACAGCAGCCCCCAAGACGUGGCUGAACUCAUCCAACAUGCAUUAAUGGACCCCUUUCCAGAAAUCACAGUGGGAAAUCUGCCGCAGUACUUCCAGGUGCAGAAGCCUUUGCUCAUCUUAUUCAGCGGCGGUGCUUUGAACCAAGCCGACGAAGGAGAGAUGAGGCUUUUGGCCAGAGAGGAAAGCCGCAAACCCUUCCUUGCCUGCUGGCUAAACCUCAAGAACACCCCAGUGGGCAGAGGGAUCCUGAAGGUCUAUUUCGGAAGUCCUCAUCCCCCCUUGCCCCUCCUCGUUUGGGUCAACCCCCAUUCAGGGGGCAAGGUGUUUGCAUUUCCUUCCGGUCAGCCCAUCACCGAAGCCAGCGUCCUAGCUUGGAUUGAGAAGCUGGAAUCCGGCCUGGAAGUUCCCAGUGCAACUUUGUCAGAUGAAGACUGGAAGCCCCGCCUUCCCGCCUACGACUUUCUGAGCCAGAUGGCGCCCUCCCUGCCCGAAUUCACCAUUUACAGUUGGCAGAGCGGCCAUCAGGAGCAAGAGGUGUCCAUCCCCGCAGCAAAGAAGGCCACGGAGGUCAGGGAGGAACUUGUUGAGGACUUGAAAGCUGCUGAACGGGAAAGGGAGCCGCUGACCGGCGGGGACUUGCGGGGGACAGCCCCGCGCUUGGCCGCGAGAGAGAAACAGGCAAAGCGCCACACGGAGUUGUGAUGUGACCAAUAAUCCCAGGCCGUUGGGUGGUUCUGGAAGCAGGCGUCGGCCGCUCCUCACUAGGAGGCUGCUGGGAGCACUUCUCUUCCCGGCUGCUUCCCUGUUCUGACGACAGUCAAGAAGUGGGAGCUCUAAGUGGAGUUGUUAAUCUCCAGUUGGGGCCUGGAGAUUUACCUGAAUCACAAAUUAACCCAACACAGUGCCCCUCGAGAAAAUGGCUGCUUUGUAGCCUGCUGAGGUCUCCCCCUUCCCCAGACCCCUCCCCUCCUAUGCUUCACUCCCCGCUCCCCAGUUCUCCAGGAAUUUUCCAAUCCAGAGUGGACAACCCUAGCUCCAUAUCAUGCAAGCCAUCUACCCAAAUGGGGUAGAAGAAGAAGAAGAGUUUGGAUUUAUACCCCGCCUUUCUGUCCUAUAAGAAGACUCAAGGUGGCUUACAUGCUCCUUUCCCUUCCUCUCUCCAUAACAGACCC